UUUAUUGAUCUCCUGUGGUAGAAAUUCUACAGAUGCAGCAGCACUGGCUCCAUGAGUAAAGUCACUUGUCCUUCUCAAUUAUUACGUUUGACCUUGUAUCAUGGCAGCGUGUCAGAUAGUGACAGAUUUCAUCCGUGGCAUUUGUUUACAUGGGCAAGAAUUGUCAGUUUUUAAUGACUCCGCAUGAGUUUAAAGUGUAAAAUGCGUCUCCAUGCAGACGAAUACUAAAGAUUAAACUUUGUUGGUAUUUCACAAACGAAUGAAACAAAUGAGCUGUUUUCACACCUAUGAACUCUCUUCCACCAGAAUCGCUCGCUGCACUUGGUGUGUUGACAAACAGAAAUCGGCAAAUCGAGCACAGCAUAACUUUAACAAACGGUGUUCACACAGAUGAAAUACAGUUAAGAUCACAGUGACCUGCAAGGAUGAAAGUUUGUUGGUUUCCAGUUUGAACAACUGACUUGUGUAUUCGAGUUUGGUGCAAUAUUGAGCUGGCUUGUUGGUGAUCAAGUUCCACUGAUGCCAUAACUGAGAACUGGGUCGAUGAGUCAAACAUUCAUAACUAAAAGCUUGAUUUGAUUGAAUUCAUUCAUAAUUGUUUUUUUGUUGUUGUAAGAAUUAACUGUUUUUUCUUAAAUGAUACCUGGUUAUAUUGAUUAUUAAUUGAAAAAUAUUGAAUCAAAGAUGUUUGAAAAAAACAUUCUCAGUCACUUCCUCAAUUUCUGUUUUUAGUUUUAUAAGAUCAUGGCCACGUGUUAGCCACCCGCCCAGAGGCCACAGACCAUGAUUUCGCCAGAUGCACUGCAACUAACACAUAGGGUAAACUGAACCAACAUUGUAUGGCAACUGCAUUAUUACAUAAUGUUGCAGCAUCUUGUUUGGUUUAUGCUGUGUUUACGCAAGUGCUUGAUUAAGUGGCAUGAAUCUUAUAUAUUUCCAACUAAUACAUAUAAUCUAGAGACCUGCAGCUUAUUUCUAUAGGACCCAUAAAAUGAUUUUGUCUUAAACUCAACUUUAAUCUUACACUGAAAGGUGGAAAUAAUAAGGUUCAAAAGGAAGAAUGUUCACUGAUAGGAAAAUAAUAAUUAUAAUACAGAUUUUACUCAUUUGAGAAUGGGUAUUAAGUUCUAUAUUCACAUAUAUUACCAUCAUUCUAAAAUGUCCAUUUCAGAGAACAUGGGCCAGGUGUAACGGCUCAAAAUAACGUAUUUAAAGGUGAAAUAUGCAAAAUUCACUACCACUGGAUAUCAUUCAGCAGCAUCUAGACCAAAACACAUGUGCUGGGGAAAAACAUGGCCUCCGAGCUCACACUGCUCACGCAUCUCAGAUCAAACCAUCGGAAUAUGUAACCUUUAUCCAGGGAGGCACAUGGGUAUGUAAAUCUCUCUCUCUCUCUCUCUUUUUUUUUUUUUUUUUACCAGUGAGACCUCACCAUGAUAGGCUCAAAAUAGCAGCAUCAAGGACAUGACAAGACAAUAACAACCACAAAUCAAGUCACAGUAGCAGCAACAAGCACAGAAACAUUCCAUAAUACAGUGCAUUUGAGACAACAAUAUGUAAAAAGCUGCAAAACGUCCAUUAUCCUUCUAUGCUUUGGCGCUGAUGCGUCUUCAAGGAACUAAGACAAGUGCAGUUGCCAUGCAGCACUUAGAUUUACCAUGAUCUGGACGACUGACAACAUUCAUCAACAUACUUGAGUAGAGGUAUUUAUGUACAUGGAGAGUGGAGGUAUAAAGGAGCAGAAAAUGGAAGUAAAGUAGUUGAGUAGAUGUACUUAGUUGCAUUCGAUCACUGUCGAGUAGAGGUAUAAAGUAGCAGAACACUGAAUUGGUCGAGUGAAGUACAUGUAUUUCAAACCUGAGUCAUGUUUUUGUUUUUGACGGCAUUUCCCUUUAAAUCCAGCCCCUCCGCUUCUUUAUAUGCUGCCGCUGCGGCCCCGCCCCUUUAUGCAAAUGAGCGUGACGUCGACGGAAGCCAGCGCUACGCCUCUCUUCCGACAGAUAUUCCUUUAAAGGCGUAUUUAAAGCCCUGGCUUCAGUUGCAGGAGCAGCGGACGACCUAUGCAACAGAAGCUGCCGCAGAGGCGAAGCGACUCUCCGACCGCUCAGCGGACACACACACGGAGCCGGCGGCUGACACGAUCCGGCGAGGUGAGCUCGUUGUCCGGCGACGAGAGGUCGGCUGACAUUAAACAUUUUGUCGCCGCUGUCGGUCGGCUCCGGCUGGCGGAGUACACAGCAUCUCAGGUUGCUGCUGCAGAGAGGAGGAGGAGGAGGAGGAGGAGGUGGAGGUGGAGGAGACGGGGGUGGGGGGCAUUUACAGUAGUUUCUGUAGGCCUGUGUCAAAAACAAAACAAGAAGAAGAAAAAAAAGACAGGAGAGGCUGGAGGUGCCGACGGCCCGGGACAGGUCCGCUUUCCAUAAUUAGGUCGCGCUAAUUAUAAAGUGUUGCAUAAUUAGCAUCUCCGCGCGAGAGCAAGGUAAAGAGGGGUUUAAAAACACAAGGCGCCCAGGGUUGUUGUUGUGCAGAGUUUGUACGACAUUCGUAGAAGAAGAAGAAGAAGAAGAAGAAGAAGAAGAAGAAGAAGAAGAAGAAGAAGAAGAAGAAGAAGAAGCCUCAUUUGCAUCAUGACUUGGUAAUUGACCAGGGAGGAGCAGCCCCUGUGGUGAAUAACACACCUGUGACAUGUCAGGUACGACUGCAGGGCUUAAGAUUGCAGCCUGGACCAAACGACAACGUCUCAGCGACAUUUAUGAAGCUUUCAAGGCCUUUUGAUUGAUCAGCCAUUCGAUGGGGAUUCUCAGAGGAGCUCCACCCACCUUCGCCGCCUGCCCUCCUCCUCCCCCCUCCCCCUCUGGCCUCUUCUUCACCCCUGCCCUCUCCAUCAUCCAGCCCUCCAUCCAGCCCUCUAAACACAAAAUGACUCUGGAACUCACCGAAUGGUCUUCUAUAUGGAUUUUCACUGCCUGUAAUAGACAGUAAGAAAGAAAAGAGGGGAAAAAAACCUCAAUGACAAAAAAGCCAUAAACAUACACACCACACACACACACAUACACACACACACACACACAAGCAUGCACAUACACACACACAGACACACACCUGACACACACAGAAAGAAGCAAAUGCACAAACUCACUCUUGGAAUGUACCGCUCACUCUUCCUGUGAAAAUUCAACUGCUUCCGUUAUUCUUCUGGAUCUUUCUACAAGCCUUUGGAAAGCCAAAGUCCGGGGGAGCAAAGGAGGAUUAAAACGUGUAGAAGCUGCAGUGUUUUUUUGGAGGACAACUUGUGUAGAGGACAACUGAUUGCUGAUUGUUUUUGCUCCCUUUUUUAGCGUCCACAGCCUUUUUGAUUUUAGCAGGACCUCUGUUAUAGUUCUAUUUAUUUUUGAGUAGAUUUAAUACUAUAUAGCCAGAAAGUUACAACCACAGGUUACAGUUUGUAGCCUUUAACUAUUGUGUUUACGUCACUACAAGUUUUAAAGUAACAACACAUACUUCGAUACGAGUAGUUUGUUGACACUGGGAGUUUCCUUUCGGUUGCUACAAGUUGUUCUUAGAUUUGGUGCGGUUGUUUUCUCGUUGCGUGCAUGCCCUCCGCCAUGCCUCCCCAGAACACAGAGGCUAACGCUAUGCAGGUCGGAUCUGUGGUGGCCGGGGUGAAUGCCAAAAACUCGACGACAUCAGGGUCGGACGAGGAGAAAGGGGGAGCAGGAAGCGAGACGGAUGGAUCGGGAAACAGAGGAGGCGGCGGAGGUCGAGGAGGUGAGGAGUCGGCGAGCGAGGGCUCGAUCGAAGGCAUCCCUUUGAAGAGAUGGGUGAUGCACGGGGCCGUGAUGUUCGGCCGGGAGUUCUGCUACGCCAUGGAGACGGCGCUGGUGACGCCCGUACUGCUGCAGAUAGGUCUUCCAGAGCAAUAUUACAGUCUGACAUGGUUCCUCAGUCCGGUCCUCGGCCUCAUGUUCACUCCUCUGAUUGGCUCGGCCAGCGACCGCUGCACUCUGCGAUGGGGCAGGAGGAGGCCGUUCAUCCUGGCUCUCUGUAUCGGAACGCUAAUCGGAGUGGCGCUGUUUCUGAAUGGAUCGUUGAUGGGUUUGUCUUUCGGGGACGAGCAGGGGAGACAGCCGAUAGGAAUUGUUCUUACGGUGCUGGGGGUGGUGGUGUUGGACUUUUGUGCGGACGCUACGGAGGGACCAAUCAGAGCAUACCUACUAGAUGUGGCAGACACGGAAGAGCAAGACAUGGCACUCAACAUCCAUGCCGCCUCAGCAGGUCUUGGUGGUGCGGUUGGCUAUGCUCUCGGGGGUUUAGAUUGGACACACACCUUCCUUGGCAAGAUCUUCAGGUCCCAGGAACAGAUCCUGUUCGUCUUUGCUGCCAUCCUCUUCUCUGCCUCUGUGGUGUUACAUCUCUUCAGCAUCGAGGAGCAGCAGUACUCGCCCCAGCAUGACAGGCUGGACCAGGUACAGCAUGAGAGUCCAGAUCGCCACCAGCAACCAUCAGCCAAUGGCAGGACUGGACUUCUCGCCCCCAAGCUGGAGUUGAUUGGAGAGGAUGAAACUAUGGACACCUACGACCUCUACGACCCCUAUGGAGACGACCAGUCAGAGCGUGGGGAUAUGGACUUCCUAGAGGUGGAACUUGUGAGAAGUAAAAGUGACAGUGUUCUCGCCAUGGCAGACGCCACUCUCGACCACCUUGAGCACGAUGCAUUUUUCCUGUGCCACCUCGAGCCGUCCAUCUUCGCUGACCGCCUCUCACCUUACCAUGGCUCGCCUCCCACAAGCUCCUUCUUCAACCCCAGUCGCAACACUCCACCCCCCCGUUUCGGCAACAUCAGGCGCAGCAGCAGUGCAGGAAGUCAGGACCUGCUCCGCCUCCAGUCCAACAACCAUAUGACACACGCGCUCAACCCCAGGAUUUCCCGCCUCUCAGCUUUCUUGCAGGAAAUGGAGAAUGAUGACGGUCAGGAGGCACUGCUGAACAACCAGCUCAAUGAGCAGCGGACACUGAACGGGCGGCUGUUAGACGGCGACGCUAAUAGAGAUAGCACUAACAUACUGAGCUCUAAGGGACAGGCACAUCGCGCUGGAAUGGUCAAAGCUGCCAGUACUGGAGCCCAGAUGCGGCAGCCACGGCACCGUCACACCUUCUACCGCCAGCCGUCCUGCACCUUCUCUUACUAUGGCCGAGUCGGGAGCCAUCGCUACCGUUACCGCCGGGCUAACGCCGCCUUUCUCAUCAAGCCGUCUCGCAGCAUGAACGACCUGUACGAAGUGGAGGCCAGGCACAGGAGGAGGAGCAGGCAGAGAAACAGGCACCGUAGCGGAAACACUAACUCCUCCAGCGGGGACACCGAGAGUGAAGAGGGAGAGGUUGAGACCACCGUGCGGCUGCUGUGGCUCUCCAUGCUGAAGAUGCCUCCGGAGCUGCUGCGACUGUGUGCCUGUCACCUGCUCACCUGGUUCUCCAUCAUCGCUGAGGCCGUCUUCUUCACUGACUUCAUGGGACAAGUCAUCUACCACGGAGAUCCAACCGCUCCUGUCAACUCCACUUUGUUGGAAAAUUAUCACAAAGGAGUUCAGAUGGGGUGUUGGGGACUGGUUAUAUACGCCAUGACUGCUGCCACAUGCUCAGCCAUCCUUCAGAAGUACCUCGACAACUUUGACCUGGGCAUUAAGGUCAUCUACAUCCUGGGAACUCUCGGAUUCUCAAUAGGAACCGCUGUCAUGGCUAUCUUCCCCAAUGUGUAUGUUGCGAUGGUGAUGAUCAGCACCAUGGGCAUCAUCUCCAUGAGUAUCUCCUACUGUCCUUAUGCUCUGCUGGGACAGUAUCACGAAAUAAAAGAGUACAUCCAACACAGUCCUGGUAACUCACGGAGAGGCUUUGGCAUUGACUGUGCCAUAUUAUCCUGCCAAGUGUACAUCAGUCAGAUCUUGGUGGCCUCGGCUCUGGGUGCUGUGGUGGAAGCUGUUGGCAGUGUCCGUGUCAUUCCCAUGGUGGCCUCCGGGGGCUCCCUCCUUGGUUUCUUCACUGCCUGCUUCCUGGUUAUUUAUCCAACUCCAAACAGCAAGGAGGGGGGUGACUCUGCCAAAGCUUCGGAGAAACGGGCCCUGACGACACUGAAAAAUCCCAACAGCAAUGAUGUGGCUGUCACUGUGGCGACAGAGAAACCCAGCUUCCUGAAACUCAACAAGAAGGGCAAGGCCACCACCACCACCACGUCCUGUCACACGGAGAACGAGUCUGCUCUGUGAUUGGCCAGAUGAGUCAACAGACUUUUACCAUUAAUGAAAAGACUUGAGGAUGUGCCACCAUCCUGGCGAGUUUACGGAUACUUCAAAUCUAAGAAAAACAACUCAAUCUGUCACGGGACCAGUGUCGAACCAGACCAACUCAUCCUACAAGAAAGUAUUCUGGUCCCAGUUCUGUUUCAGCCGUUGCCGAAAAUUCCUUCCACUUAGCUCAUGGGCGUUCGAGAGAUCUGCCGCCGGGUCCUCCAGAAGUGAGAAAUUCAUCCAUCAUGGUUAAAAAGAGAGGUUGUCUCUGUCUCUCAGGGCCUCUAGGAGGUGCUUCUGAGCAGCUGCCUGGACAGAAAACUUCAGGGGACUCACAUAAACGCACACACCUCUUCAUCUGUGGUCUACACAAUCGAAUGAACAUUGUUGAUGAACAUUAGUCCUCGAAGCUGCAAUCAUACAAAAAUGCUGAAAAUUGUUCUUCCUCGCUGUUCGAAUCUUCGUUUGUUGAAGCUGAUGGACGAGAGUGAGUGUCUCCAGCGGAGACAUCGUGUUCACCAAAAUAAACCCGACACACGUGGCUGUGCAGGACUUUUACAGCACUCUAUGACAGUAGCUUUAAGACUCUAGAGACUUUUGGAAGUGGCAUUUCUGAAACUGAGAGCCCGAAGCCUGGUUACAGGGGGGGAAAUUAUUAAUCUUGAGUCCCGAAAUUGAUUUUAUUUUUUUAUUUUUUAUGCCCUUCUCCAAGUGGCAGGAGUGCUUCAGCCUUCACUCCAGGGCAAAGUUGACACUAUUUAGGAGCAUGAGUGUAAAGCUGCCUGUGAAUAGAGAGUGGAUUGUAAAGAAUAAAAACAGACAUUUAUUGAGUGAAAUUCUAGGAAAGAAAGAGCGUAGAUGCAAUACGUGCAGUAUACAGGGCAUUAAAAUCCCAAAUAUUAUUUUCGUGAUUUUCUGAGGGCCCAGAAUAAUGCUUGUGUUUGUUUCGAAUAAUCAGACUAACCUACAUGCUGCAUGUUAGAGGAGCAGAAAGAGCGAGAGAGAGAAACCAAACAGCCGAGAGAUUUCUCGCUACUUUCUGUCUGAUUUUUCUGUAGAAAACGCUGUUAGCACAACGUCACUAACUGCACAUUAGCUGAGCCAUCGUGGAAAGAUUGUUGAAUAGUGUGUUCAGUUAGAAAAGCUUGUUUGGAAUCCUCUUUGUGGCGUGUUAGGAGUUGUUUCUCCGAAGACACCAGCAGGACUCUUCUGCUCCAGUUGAUCCAGUAACUCGACUACUAACCACAGGACAAAAAAAAAUGUUCGAAUGGAUCCUGGAUAUAUGGGAAGAAAAAGUUAAAGUCAACAUGUUUCCAGGGCUUAUAUUAUGUAAGUGAAGGAAAAAUAAAUCCUUCUAGUGUUUAGUAUUAGUGGCUCAUAAAAAGGUAUGUUGUACAAUGAGUGGAUGUUUAGAAGAGGAGAGAAGGACGGUAGGCAUGUUUUCACCUUAAAAGAGAGAGCUUAACUUUUUCUGAAAAUGGUCUGAUUGCUUUUUUUUUGCAUAGAAUAACGUAUGUAUACUAAAUAUGAAGCCACCAUCAGGACACACUUACGUUAGUUUAGCAUAAACACAGGAAACUGAGGAGUCUGGAGGAGGGAUUAUGUUUGGCUACAUUUGGCCAGGCUAGAUGUUUCCCGCAGUUUCUUGUGUUUAUGCUAAUCUAAGCAAACACAAUAUCUUCAUAGUUGACAUACAGACAUGUGAGACAGCAAGACGGCAAAUAAGCAUUUUUCCCAAAAUGUUAGAAAGUAUACAAAAUUUGGUACAGCGUUAGAAAUGUGCAUUUUAACCUAAUGCAAAAUACAAAAUAAAAAAAGUCAAGUAAGUCAACUCAAAUAACUAACUUUGCCUUCAGAAGAAAUACAAAAUAUUAAGAGUAAUAGACCAGAUAGCAAUAAAAGUUUACCACCUAUCCCAGUUUACCCUUGACCAAAAUAUAUUGAAUAAUAUUUAAUCAGAGCAUCAAAAAAUGUAACUUCACGAAAAAGGUAGAGGUAAUCGUUGUGUCUCAUCUUCAGGGUGUCAAAUAUUCACGCUAUGGGUUGGCGUCCAACCUGAACUUCAUCAUCAUCAUCAUAUGAUCUGGAGACAAGACUCCAUUUCAUUUUGUUGCUCCAUUUUGCAUCCCUAACUCCAGUAUAACAAAACGUCUUUUGCAAAUUUGGCUGUGCCUGCUGUUUAAGCAGGGCCAGCGACAGCGACACGAUGGCGGAUGAGGAAGUGAAAGUGUUAAGCUUGGCUUCACUUUGACUUUAGAAACAUUCACACACAGUACUGAGACAAACUGACCGGCACAGAGGGGACACAUGCUGCACAGUUGCAUACAUUGAUAUUAGUAUUAGAAAAACUAGGCAGAUAAUGUUAAAUAAUCUUAACCUUUGGAAUGUGUCAAUAGCUGAGAAUGCUGGACAAGUAAAAAGAAAAACAAAAAAAUUGUAGUUAGAGUGACAAAAUGAGAGAUUUCAGAUUUUAUUGUGUUGCUCGUUUUCUGACAAAUCAGAUCUUUUGUUGCAAAAACAGUCUCUGUUAAUCAGAAUGAGGGAGAGGACUGAGUGAGGGUCGUGUGGGCAGAGCAGUGUUGUUCCCCGUGGUGAAAUCCUUUCCGAGAGCCAUUCCGGUUUGUCUGUGAACAUCUGUGGAUUUGGGUCAGUUUUCCUUUCAGCUCAAUCAGCUGAAACAUGCAAAUUGAAAGGAAUUGAAAUGUUAACUGCGGUGAUUUUAUUUUACUGAAGAAAGAACUUUUCAUUUUGGUGUGUUUUAAGCAUUUAGCGGAGAAGCGUUUUUUUUUUUUUUAAGAGAAUUCAUUCACUUGAUGAUGUGGUUAUUAUUUUUUUUCACUUGGAUAGGUGCUGGUGCAGAGUGUUUAUAAAACAAAAUAGAUUCCUUCCAUAAUUUCAGGUACAUUCAGUCAAUCCCAGAGCAGCAGAGUAGAGCGGGUGUGUUUUGCUUCUUGGGUUGACCCUGCUGCGACAAAAAAAAGCAGGGAUGCGACGGCGUUAAAAGACGAGGAGGUACAGAUGCCAGAACUUUUUUGAAUGGCUUCUGCAAACACUAGGGCAAUAAAAUAUCCUGGAUAACAAAAUGGACACACGACUUCAGUUUAAGGACGAAUAUGAAGCUUAAAAAAAAAAAAAAAAAAGAAAAAACUUUGGGUUUGGGAGGUUUGCAUGCGACAACAGCAAUAUGCAUGUGUGGAACACCAAAGUAUGACUGUACAAAUCACUCAAGCUUGUUUUCUUUUAAUGUCCUAAUAGGUCAGGGAUGUAUUUUCUAAUGCAUGGCUGGGUGUUUGUGUCUUUUUUUUUCUUUUUGUUUGUGUAAAAAAAAAAACAACAACAAAAAAAAAAAACAACAAAAAAACAACAUGUACUCUUUAAGCUGAAGCAUUGUGCUCAGUCCGGGUCAGUACACUCUUAACAAGCAUGUGACUUUUUUCUUCUUUUUUUUUGAAAAUGUCAGACAGCACACAUCUUGUUGCUUUUCGACACAAUAUACUGUACAUGCAGACGAGAUGUGUGUCGUCCUGAGCGACACUCCUUGUUAAAAGUGUAAGCGAGAAAACUCCAGGCCGCGAAUACUUGAAGUGCAACUUGAGUGUUUCUGUUCCAGUGCAGUGGGAAGUCUUUGAUUUGAUUUGAUUUGAUUUUUUUUUUUUUUUGGUUUUUAACGUCCCAAGCCUUUUAACCGCAGACUCUGGAAUGUUCAGACAGCAGCGAGGCCUGCUGGGAGAUUGAGUUUCUUACCUUUGAUUCCAUCUUGUGACUUAAAAAGUUUAGUUUUUUUAACAAAGUCAAUGAAUGUGAAGGGAUUUCAAAAGAAAUCAUAUUUUUGUUUCGAUGUUUGACGAGAUUUUCGAGGUGGUGGAGCGGGGGUGGGGGGUCUGACGUUGCACAGAACUUGCACAUAACAGUAGAGGUGUGUUGCAAAAGGAGGAUAAAAAAAAUAACUGUGGAUAUUUAUUAUUUUUUUUAGCUUUUCUCAUUUUUAAAGCACACUUUUCACUCAGUUUUCCAAAAGAAUCGAUAAAGCUAUUACGGGAGAUGUUACAGACUGGAUUGUGUGUGUUCCUGUGUGUGUGUGUACGCGCGCGCGGUUGUCUCGCAGCUGCUCACAUGCAAAAAAGGAAAGAGUGUGUUAAAAAUGUCAUCUCAGUGUUUGUUUUUCGUUCUCUGUUCUUUGCAAUCACCUGGUUUACACUUAACUCUGGAAUCGAUGGCUGCAAUACCGGAGGUCAUAUAGAGUCUUUACUGUUCUGGUGUUUUAACUCAACUAGAAAAAAAAUGUCUUUUUGAACUUUUAGGCGGAGCCACACACGAGUCUGGCCUUUGCACUUUUUUCAGCGGCGGCCAUGCUGGCUCCACCGUCCCCGCUCACUGAAUGAAUGUGGCGACGAGGUGAUGCUGUUGCAGCGUGGCGGCCAUGCAGUUAGUCCAACCUGGCCAGACUCGAUGGGUGUGUAUGUGUAUGUAUGUGUGUGUGUGUGUGUGUGUGUGCGUGUGUGUGUGUCUGUGCGUGCAUGCUUGCGGGUGUGUGGCUCUGCGUCUAAAGUAAACUGUGUGUUAAUGGCGGAGGGGAGAGAUGCCUAUAUACUUUGAUCUUCACAGAGAUUAAAUCAAGAAGAAUACUUAAAGAAUGGGAAAGCAAAUAAGCGCAGUGUACUAUAUAUAAUAUGCCUUGUAUUGAAAAAAAAAAAGAUGUAAAUAUACAUAUUUCUCUUUUAGUUUCUUCUUUUUUUGCUGCUAUAAAAAAGAUGAUUAUUUUUGUUAGUAGUUUUGUUUUCUAUAUAAAAAAAGACUGUAUAAAUCUCUAUGUUCUGUAAAUAUAUGCUUGAGCCUUCAUAUGUAGGACUCUGGAUGAACACUGUAUGGAACGCACCUUUAAAAUCUGUUCAGAAUUAAACCGACAAUGACUCCUUUU